AUGGCGGCGCCUGAGGCGGCGAGGGAGGAGGAGGCGGGCGAGGAGGGCGCGGUGGACGCGGCCCACGCCGAGGUGCUGCAGCUGUGGCAGGCCGGCCUGGCGCGCCUCGUCAGGGACCCGCUGCUCUGCGACCUCCCCGCGCAGGUGACCCCCGAGGAGAUCGGCUCGCAGGUGGCGCUCGAGUACGGCCAGGCCAUGACGGUGCGCGUGCGCAGAGCCGACGCCCCCGAGGCCCCCAUGCCCGUGGUGGUGGUGCAGAAUGCCAGCGUCCUGGACCUGAAGAAAGCCAUCCAGCGGUUUGUGCAGCUGAAGCAGGAGCGGGCAGGGGGCAUCCAGCACAUAAGCUGGAAGUACGUGUGGCGAACAUACUGCUUAACGUUUGGCGCAGAGAAGCUGACAGAUGACAGGAAGAAGCUGAGAGAGUACGGCAUCCGAAACCGAGAUGAAGUCAGCUUCGUGAAAAAGCUCCGGAAAUGAGCUGCCAGGUGCCCUUUGGGGAGGCUCUCUGAGCGCCGCUUGGCGUUUCUGAAAUGGGGAGAGGCCACUCUUUGAAAGCCACAGCUGUGACCCAGGAGCCCUUCAGACUUGCUUUGCUUCCGUCUGGUCAGCAACUGAGUCACCCGAGGGACCACUGCUGCCAGAAGGGGGGCGUCGUUUUGGACCCAGGAGGGCAAAGGUGUUUCCUCCGAGGCUGGCAAAGGCAGCUGUGAGUCCAGGUUAGAAGAGAGUGGACUGCCUGUGAACUGGGCGGAUUUGGGAGCAACAGCCACACAGCAGCACCUCACCAGCGGGUGCCCAGCCAAAGACUCACCCGCUGGAGGCGUCACCCUUAACUGGACUUUCAAUAAAGUGCAUGAACAAUGGGA